AUGAGGCGCGCGGCGCUCUGGCUCUGGCUCUGGUUCUGCGCCCUGGCGCUGCGCCUGCAGCCGGCUCUCCCGUGGGCGCAGCGCCGAUUCUGUCGCUGGGGGCAAGGGCUAGAGGCGCCCCGGAAAGCGGAGCCUGCGCGGGCUCCACUUCAAGUAUGUAAAACGUCUCCACAUGUUUCGGAGACCGCCAGCCUGCAGCGGGCCGCGGCGCCAGGGAUCUCCGGCUUCCACCUCCACCCGGAGCACCGCGGCAGCCGGCUCCCACAAACUGUGGCCACAAAUGUUCCCCCCGAAGAUCAAGAUGGCUCUGGGGAUGAUUCUGACAACUUUUCUGGCUCAGGUGCAGGUGCUUUGCAAGAUAUCAGUUUGUUACAUCAGACCACCUCCACCUGGAAGGACAUGUGGCUCCUGACAACUGUGCCGACAGCUCCGGAGCCCACUGAUGUAGAGACAGUUGCUGCCUCCAUCCUACCCACUGUAGAGGAACCUGACCAGGAAGGAUCAGUGCGCCUGAUGGAGUUGGAGCCUGGCCUCACUGUCCAGGAGGAGACAUCCCACCCACCCAGUAAGACUACACAACAUCCAACCACUCACCAGGCCUCAACAGCAAGAGUCAGCACGGCCCAAGCACCAGCCACCACUGAUCCCCCCAGGGACAUGCAGCCUGGCCACCACAAGACCUCAGCUCCCACAGGACAUGAACACUUCUACCCUCAUUCUCCCAGCCAGGAAGAAGGAGGCCCUUCUGCCACUGAGAAGGCUGCUGAGGAUGGAGCCUCCAGUCAGCUCCCAGUAGGAGAGGGCUCUGGGGAACAGGACUUCAUCUUUGAAAACCCUGGGGACAACACAGUUGUGGCUGCUGUGGAGCCUGACCAGCGGAAUCAGGCGCCAGUGGAUCAGGGGGCCACAGGGGCCUCACAGGGCCUCCUGGACAGAAAAGAAGUUUUGGGAGGGGUCAUUGCUGGAGGCCUCGUGGGGCUCAUCUUUGCCGUGUGCCUGGUGGGUUUUAUGCUGUACCGGAUGAAGAAGAAGGACGAGGGUAGCUAUUCCUUGGAGGAGCCGAAACAAGCCAAUGGUGGGGCUUACCAGAAGCCCACCAAGCAGGAGGAGUUCUACGCCUGA